CUCCAUUCCUUUGCAUCAGAUCCUUCUACGACCACCAAUGCAUGUGAGCAGAUGAUGUGGUGACUCUGUCAGAGAAUAAUAGUCAAGAAACGUUUGAUAUCUAGCCACCUUAACUUCCCAAAAUAACCAUAAGUGUCAUGACUAAAGACGCUGUCCAAGGAGCCGCGGAGGAGGCGGACCAGGCCCAGUCGAAGAAAGGCCUGAAGAAACAGCAGAAGGAAGCGGAGAAAGCGGCGAAGAAAGCUGAGAAGCAGGCCAAGCUGGCUGCUGACACACAAAGCACAGAUGAAGAUGACUUUGCCAAGGAUCGGUACGGUGUCCCCCAGAUGGUCCAGUCCCAGCAGAAACUGGACAGGGUGUUGGUGCGUGUCCAGAAGCUGACACCUGAGAAGGCUGACCAGCUGAUCUGGGUGCGUGCCAGGGUUCACACCAGCAGAGCUAAAGGGAAGCAGUGCUUCUUGGUCCUGCGUCAGCAGCAGUUUAACGUGCAGGCCCUAGUCGCCGUGGGGGAGCGUGCCAGCAAGCAGAUGGUGAAGUUUGCUGCCAACAUCAACAAGGAGAGCAUCGUGGACGUGGAGGCUAUGGUGAGGAAAGUGGAGCAGAAGAUCGACAGCUGCACUCAGCAGGAUGUGGAGCUGCACAUUGAGAGGAUUUUUGUGAUCAGCCAGGCCGAGCCUCGUCUGCCCCUGCAGCUGGAGGAUUGUGUGAGGCCGGAUGGAGAGGGGGAUGAGGACGGAAGAGCGACGGUCAACCAGGACACCAGACUGGACAACCGAGUCAUUGAUCUCAGAACAACAACCAGCCAGGCCAUCUUCCGCCUACAGUCUGGAGUUUGCCAGCUCUUUAGAGACACCCUGACCAACAAGGGCUUUGUGGAGAUCCAGACCCCCAAAAUCAUAUCAGCUGCCAGUGAGGGUGGCGCGAACGUCUUCACUGUGUCCUACUUCAAAACCAGCGCCUACCUGGCCCAGUCUCCCCAGCUCUACAAGCAGAUGUGUAUCUGUGCUGACUUUGACAAGGUGUUCUGUGUGGGACCAGUGUUCAGAGCAGAAGACUCCAACACCCAUCGUCAUCUGACAGAGUUUGUAGGUCUGGAUAUUGAGUUGGCGUUCAACUACCACUACCACGAAGUGAUCGAGUCCAUCACCGACACCAUGGUGCAGAUCUUCAAAGGGCUCCGAGACAAGUUCCAGACUGAGAUCCAGACGGUGGGGAAGCAGUACCCCAGUGAGCCCUUCAGGUUCCUGGAGCCCACUCUGAGGCUGGAGUACACGGAGGGCGUGGCCAUGCUCCGGGAGGCCGGGGUGGACAUGGGAGACGAGGAGGACCUCAGCACUCCAAAUGAGAAGUUGCUCGGUCGUCUGGUGAAAGAAAAGUAUGACACUGACUUCUAUGUGCUGGACAAGUACCCCCUGGCUGUGAGGCCCUUCUACACCAUGCCUGACCCCAAUGACAAAGUAUGCGCGUCACUAAACGCACACACGCACACAACACAUGCUCAUGACACCAUUGUGGCAUUCACUGAACUUGUUAUACGACUGAUGUUUCCUCCUCAGAAAUACUCCAACUCCUACGACAUGUUCAUGAGAGGAGAGGAGAUCCUCUCUGGCGCUCAGAGGAUCCACGAUGCCCAGCUGCUCACUGAGAGGGCCAUUCACCACAACAUUGAUCUGGAGAAGAUCAAGUCCUACAUCGACUCUUUCCGUUACGGAGCUCCCCCACACGGAGGUGGUGGCAUUGGGCUGGAAAGAGUCUGCAUGCUCUACCUGGGUCUUCACAAUGUCCGCCAGGUCUCCAUGUUCCCCCGUGACCCCAAACGCUUGACCCCCUGAACGGCCAUCGCCACUGGAGACAGAUGCAGGACAUGGGGAAUCUAUAUUCAUCUCCAAUACACCAGACAGAGUUGAGAAAUUAGUGCCACUACACUGAAGUGCUACUGCGAUUAACAAAUAGAGAAUCAAGCCAAGGUACUACGGUCAACAGUAUUCAGUAAUAGAAAAUGACACAUGAAGAAAUAGAUUGAUAAUAUAAGGGAGAAAGAGUCUUAAUACACAAUACAGAAGUGGAAUAUGAUUAUGGGAUGUGUUGGCUUAGGCUCACCUAUGGAUUACUUAACUUGUGUUGGAUCUCUUAACAUUUUUCUAUGGGGUAGAUCACCUUUGAUACCAGUCUUUGUCACACUACAGAGGUAUGACUAAUAAAUAAUCAUGGUCUGCUGACAUUUGUUGUAAUUGUUUGAUGUAUUUAAAGUAAAAAGUAUUAAGAACUUCAAAA